AUGGCGAGAAUGGUUUCACUACAGCAACCAACCACUCAGUCUCACCAUUCUUUCUCUCUUCUCACUUCAUCUCUCUCUGAUUUCAAUGGCGCACGACUCCAAUCUCAGCUCCAGUUCAAGAGAAAGCUGGGUAUGCAAAACAAAGGAGCAUUUCAGGUCAGUGCCUCCAGCAGCUCCAAGAACAUUCUGAUCAUGGGUGGCACUCGAUUCAUUGGUAUCUUCCUGUCCAGACUUCUUGUUAAAGAGGGCCACCAGGUGACCUUGUUUACUAGAGGGAAGGCACCGAUUGCCCAGCAAUUACCUGGGGAAUCAGACCAGGAUUUUGCUGACUUCUCAUCUAAAAUAUUGCAUUUGAAAGGAGAUAGGAAAGACUCCGACUUUGUGAAGACCAGCCUUGCAGCCAAAGGCUUCGAUGUUGUCUAUGAUAUCAAUGGACGUGAGGCUGUCGAAGUUGAACCCAUCAUAGAAGCCCUACCAAACCUUGAACAGUUUAUUUACUGCUCUUCAGCUGGAGUCUACCUAAAAUCUGAUCUCUUACCCCACUGCGAGGUAGAUGCUGUUGAUCCCAAGAGCAGGCACAAGGGGAAGCUCGAGACAGAGAGCUAUCUCGAAUCGACGGGAGUCAACUGGACAUCUAUAAGGCCAGUCUACAUCUAUGGACCUCUAAACUACAAUCCUGUAGAGGAAUGGUUCUUCCACCGGUUGAAGGCUGGUCGCCCCAUCCCAAUUCCCAACUCCGGCAUCCAAAUGACCCAGCUCGGCCAUGUCAAGGAUUUGGCAAAAGCAUUCAUUACAGUGCUUGGGAAUGAUAAGGCCAGCAAGGAAGUGUUCAAUAUAUCUGGUGAGAAGUAUGUUACGUUUGAUGGGUUGGCUAGAGCAUGCGCCAAGGCUGGUGGGUUUCCAGAGCCUGAGAUUAUUCAUUACAAUCCGAAGGAGUAUGAUUUCGGGAAGAAGAAGGCAUUCCCAUUCCGCGACCAGCAUUUCUUCGCGUCCAUAGACAAGGCAAAACAUGUCCUAGGAUGGAAGCCAGAGUUCGACCUGGUAGAGGGCCUGACAGACUCAUAUGAGCUAGAUUUCGGGAGGGGAACGUUCAGGAAAGAGGCUGAUUUCACGACGGACGAUAUCAUUCUUGGAAAAUCUCUUGUGACAGCAUAG